AUGAUUGCCAAUCAAUUUAGUAUAUAUUUAUUACUAUUAUUAUUUUAUAUAUCAUAUGUACAAUCUCAAACAUGUGAUUUUAGUUCAGAUGAAUCACGUUUUGAUUGUUUUCCUGAAUCAAAUGUAACUGCUGAUAGUUGUUUAAAUCGUGGUUGUUGUUGGCGUUUACCUCAAAAUAGUUCAGUUAAAAAUUCAUUUCUCGAUAUUGGUGUACCAUAUUGUUAUUAUCCAAAAAAUUUUUCAACAUAUUCUCUUAUAUCAAAAGAAGCAACAUCAUUUGGACUACGUUUAAUUAUUAAUAAAACACAAAAAGCCUAUAUACCAAAUGAAAUAUUAGAAUUAACAGUUGAUUUAAUAUAUGAAACAUCUACACGUUUUCGUUUACGAAUAUAUGAUUCAAAAGUAAAACGUUAUGAAGUACCAUUAAAUGUACCAAAUGUUUCGACACGUGUAGAUAAUACAGAUUAUGAUGUUGGAAUUAAAGAUAUACCAUUUUCUAUUCGUGUGACAAGAAAAUCAAACGGUGCUGUAUUGUUUGAUUCAAGCGUAGCGCCAAUAAUAUAUGCUGAUCAGUUUAUAAAAUUUUCUAGUAGUUUAUCUAGUCCUUAUGGUGAACAUCAAUCAUCAUUACUAAUAAAUAUUACCUCCGAUUGGCGUAAAAUGACCUUUUGGACUCGUGAUUUUCCUCCCAUUCAAAAUUUUAAUCUAUAUGGUGUACAUCCAUUUCAUAUGAAUAUAGAAACAGGAGCAACAAAUGAUUUUCAUGGACAAUUUUUGCUUAACUCAAAUGCAAUGGAUAUUAAUUUACAACCUCUUCCUGCAAUCACCUAUACAACAAUUGGUGGUAUUAUUGAUUUAUACAUUUUUACGGGUCCAUCAGCAGCAGAUGUUAUUUCACAAUAUUGGGACGUAAUCGGCAAACCAACAAUGCCUCCCUAUUGGUCAUUGGGUUUUCAUUUAUGUCGAUAUGGUUAUAAUAGUAUUGAUAAACUUCGCACUGUUAUUCAACGAAUGAAAGAUGCUCAGUUUCCUUAUGAUGUGCAAUGGACCGAUAUUGAUGCUAUGGAUAGUCGAUUAGAUUUUACAUAUGAUAAAGUAAAUUAUAAUGGUCUACCUGAAUUAGUACGUUUUUUGCAAUCGCAAGGCAUGUUUUACGUGAACAUAAUUGAUCCUGGUAUAAGUUCGACGCAACAAACGGGUACCUAUCUUCCAUAUGAUAACGGCUUAAAAUAUAGAAUUUUCAUAACGAAGUAUAAUUCGAGUGAUCCAGUUAUUGGCCGGGUUUGGCCUGGUGCAGUAGCAUUCCCUGAUUUCACAAAUCCCGCUGCACAAGAAUGGUGGACGGAAAUUGUAGCAACAUUUCAUGAGAUCAUUCCAUUUGACGGUCUCUGGAUUGAUAUGAAUGAGCCUAGCAAUUUCGUUGAUGGAUCAGAAGAAGGUUGCACAAGUUCACCGUUGGACAAUCCGCCCUUUACUCCGAUUAAUGCUUUAAAAAAGAUCAGAAAUAAACGACCAUUUAUUCUUUCUCGAUCAACAUUUGCUGGUUCGGGAAAAUAUGCGUUUCACUGGACAGGAGAUAAUAGAGCCACAUGGGAUGAUAUGUACUUUUCAAUACCAAGCAUAAUUAACUUUAAUAUGUUUGGGAUUCCGUUGAUCGGACCUGAUAUUUGUGGUUUUGGGCUUGAUACGACAGAAGAAUUGUGUACCAGAUGGAUGCAACUUGGCGCCUUCUAUCCGUUCAUGAGAAAUCACAAUGAUCUUGGACAAAAAGAUCAAGAUCCCGCAGCGUUUAGUUGGGAAUCUCAACAGAUAAUGAAACAAGCACUACUAACACGAUAUUCGUUAUUACCAUUUUGGUAUACAUUAUUUCAUAAAGCUAAUGCAACAAGCUCAACGGUUAUACAACCGUUAGUUUUUGAAUUUCCAAAUGAUAAAAAUACAUUUGGUAUUGACGAACAGUAUUUAAUUGGACGAGCAAUUUUAGUGUCACCUGUUUUGGAGUCGCAAAAGACAAUUCUUACUGCUUAUAUUCCCGAUGAUGUAUGGUAUGAGUUCCCAUCUGGUUAUAAACUAUCUAGUUCAGGAACCUAUGUCAAUCUCGAUGCUCCACUGGAAAAAAUUAAUCUUCAUUUACGUGGUGGUUUUAUAAUUCCGAUGCAAGCACCAGGACCAAAUUUAAUUAUUGGUCGUAAAAAUCCAUUACAAUUAAUUAUUUCUCUUUCAUCAACAGCAACAGCUAGUGGCUCGUUAUUCUAUGAUGAUGGUGAUUCAUUAAAUGUUCUUGAAACAAAGAUGUACAGUUAUUUUGAAUUUUCUCUGGCAAUGAACGUUCUAUCAAUCAAUGGUAUUGUCACAAACUACCAGAAUAUGCCACCUUUGGAUAUUGUAAAAUUUCUUGGUGUUAUGAAACAACCUACCAGUGUUAUGGUUAAUGGUAAACCUUACUCUAGUAUUUUGUAUAAUAUACCAGAUCAAAUUCUACUUGUUUAUGGUCUCGAUCUUGAUUUAUUUGCUAAACAAAAUCAAACAAUUGAAUGGAUCGAUUAG